AUGCUCCUCGCACCGCUACGUCCAUCGACAGUGGCGUCAACAGUCUCAUUGGCCACGUUCAGGGAUUCGACAGCGGCAAAAGGGCCGCAACGCGGUACACAGGCGGACCGAACCGACACGAAGAGCGCAGCCAAUGGCGCACUUCCGUUCCAAGCGCAGUGCAAAUCGGCCACUGCGUUAGUGGCCGACCGUCGCAUUGAGUUCAUUCGGGCCAAGAACGUGCACGUGAUUGGCCGAUUGAGCAGCACCGCCUGUGAAAAACACAACAAGAAAACGAACGAGGUACUGCAACUUACCGACAUGGCGGCCGUGGAGAAAGGGCUGGUCUGGCACCAGGCCAAGAAGAUCGGACCGGGGCUGGCGAAUCUCGGCAACACGUGUUACCUCAACUCGGUGUUGCAGUGUCUGACCUACACGCCGUGUUUUGCUCAAUUUCUAUUGGACAAGCGCGUGUUUGCGUCCUUCAAUGGCGGUAGUCUCCCUUCCACUAGUGGUCACGACCCGUCGAAGGGGACCAGCAGCAACCCUUUGUACAAAAGCGGGUACGUCAGUAGCCACUCGAACGGCCCGUUCUGCAGCGUCCGUGCUAUGUCGAGACUCGUGCAGCUCGUACAUGGCCCGGCCUCCGUGCGCGUGUUGCAGCCCAAAGAACUCGUCAUGAACGUUCGUCACAUUUCGAAACGGUUCCGUAUUGGGCGACAAGAAGACUCGCACGAGUUUUUCCGCCUGCUGUUGGAUUCCAUGCAGGUGUCGUGUCUUCGGAAAGCGCAUAUUAAAAGUGAGACACACGUCGCUGCAUCGACCUCAUUUGUGCACCGAAUAUUUGGCGGUAAGCUCAAAAGUUCCCUCAAGUGUGCCAAAUGUGGGUACGUGUCGGAACGCGUGGACGACUUUUUGGACCUGUCGCUUGAACUGUCGAACGGCGUGCACAGUGUGCAGGGCGCGCUGCGCCAUUUCACAGCCGUCGAGAAACUCGACACUUGCAAUGCGUGGAAAUGCUCGAGUUGUGGGAAACGCAGUUGCGCCGAGAAGGGACUGACGAUUGCGGCGUGUCCGAAUGUACUGGUCAUUCAGUUGAAGCGGUUUGACCUGAUGUGUGGAAAAAUCAAGCGGCACAUCGAGUUUCCGAGUUUGCUCGACAUUGCGUCGGGUGUGAGCCCCGACAGUGACGACCAGCGUCGGGGGGCCACCAAGUACGAGUUGCAUGCCGUGUUGGUCCAUGCUGGCUACUCGACGGAUUGUGGCCAUUAUUACGCGUUCGUGAAAGGAGCGUCUGGUCAGUGGUACGAAAUGAACGACGACUCGGUGCGGUGGGUGAGUCUCGACACGGUGCUGCAGCAGAAGGCGUACAUGUUGUUUUACUCGCGGGUGUUGCCCCCUUCUGAGCGCCCGGUACCACAAGCUGAACCCGCGACACCAAAAGUUGGAACGCUGAAACCAGAAGUUGGAAACGAGUUGAAACGAAAACCAGAAAAAGCGGUGCUGGACAAAGUGGCCGCCCCGUUGCAAAGUAAAGCGAAGGAGCUAGAUAUGAACAGUUUCCUUGCGAGUCUCAAGACAACGGUCAGUCAGGAGGUGGUGGAAGCUACGAAAGACGAUGAACCUCUGGUUGUGGUUUCGGCAAAAGAGGCGAAACGGCAUACGACGUUGGUGACGUAUAAAGUCACAGCAAAGCCGGUGGGGCCUUCAUCCAUUGGCGGAGGUAGCCGUCAAGUGCUGCGAUCGUUUGCAUGCAACUUUGGUAGUCAUGUUGGUCGACUGUACCGGUUCACGUCAGUGUUGAGGAAAACAUAUCCACGGCUGGUGAUGACUCGGUCUGUGGCGGAAGUGCCACUUGAAAAGGCCGAUGCUGAGGUGGUGCAGGGUUCAGGUACUGCGAUUGGCACUCGUAAGACUUCAGUGCCAUCAUCAGGUGCUACGCGAGUGCCGUUUGACACGCAGCAGCUCAAGAAAGUGGGUGUGCGCAAUGCAUCGCUAUUUGGUCGCGAGGUGGACAGGUGGACUGGGGACACGGACGUCGAGUCUUCCGAGACGACGAGCAGUAGUGACGCAGUGUCAUGUGAGGUCAUUGACAACGAGCUGCUCGCAAAGCACGACCGUGUGCUGAACACGCUGAAGCAAGAGGAGUGGAAGCAUCGCAAUGCUGGUCGUCAAGAUCACUGGGAUGAGACUCUGGAUAUGGGCAAGGUGAAGAGUGUCAAGAAGCGCAAGGAGUUUUUUCCGAACGAAGGCCGAAAGAAUGUGUUCCAGAAGACUUUGAUGCGGAAGACAAAAGACGCGAAGCGGCAGUGCAUGGGCCGGAUGGAGCGAUGA